UCGCCGCAGUUCCCCGCCGGCCCGCAAGGGGCGCAGAGGAGCAAUAAUCAAGGGAAAAGAGAGGCCCGGCGGGGAGGGAGGAGGGCUGUUCUUUGAAUGGCACCGCGAGUGACCAUUCCGAACGCGCGAGCCUAGCUGGUGGUUGUGUUCCCAUAGCAACGGCGGGCCCCGCGGGAGCAUGGCCGCCAUUCGGGUGUAUUACACCAGCGUGACGGGCUCCAGGGAGGUGAAGCAGAGGCAGUCUGAGGUUCUUCGUAUUCUGGAUGGAAACCGCAUGAAGUACCAGCUGGUGGAUGUCUCCCUCAGUGAAAGUUUGCUGCAAGAGAUGAGGGACAAAGUUGGCAAAGCUGAUGCGGUUCCACCCCAGAUUUUUAAUGGAGAUGAGUAUUGCGGGGACUUUGAGAUGCUGUAUGAAGCAACUGAAAAUGAAGAAGUUAAGAAAUUCCUUAAGGUAGCAGCUGUGGAUAGGGUGGCAAAAAACGUGGCAACGAUUUGAAGAUGUUGCUUUAUAUAAGUGUUCAAGGCCUAAAGCAUUUUUUUUAAAAAAAAAAAAAGUUUAAAUAAAACAGGAAUUUUGUAU